AUGGAUGAUUUUCAGACGUGGUUCGACCAUAAACUACAAUGGGAACCAAAAAAAUACGGAGGAAUUCAAGAUAUUCGAUUCCCAGGGAGUUCAGAUCAUAUCUGGAAACCAGAUGUUCUGUUAUAUAACAGUGCUGCUGAAGAUUUCGACUCGACGUUCAAAUCAAAUCUACUAACAUAUCAUACUGGAACAGUUGUAUGGAUUCCUCCAGGAGUUUUAAAAUUUGUCUGUCAAUUGGAUGUCACGUGGUUUCCUUUUGAUGAUCAAGUAUGCGAAAUGAAGUUUGGAUCUUGGACUUUUCAUGGAUAUGCGAUUGAUUUACAAAUUGAUGAUGACUCCAAUGGAACACAAUCGAUGGACUUAUCGACAUAUCUCGUGAAUGGAGAAUGGCAAGUAAUCAGUACAAAUGCAAAACGAAUCGUCAGUUAUUUUAAAUGUUGUCCUGAACCAUAUCCAACUGUCAAUUAUUAUUUGCAUAUCAGAAGACGAACUUUGUAUUACGGAUUCAAUUUGAUUAUUCCUUCUCUUCUAAUAUCACUGAUGGCAAUUCUUGGAUUCAUGUUUCCUCCAGAUGCUGGAGAAAAAAUUACACUGGAAGUCACAAUCCUGUUGGCAAUCGUUUUCUUCUUGAGUAUGGUAUCCGAAAUGACGCCGCCAACAUCGGAAGCAGUGCCGUUAAUUGGUGUCUUCUUCUCCUGCUGUAUGUUGGUUGUUUCUGCAUCUGUUGUCUUCACAAUCGUCGUCUUGAACCUUCACUUCAGAAGUGCUGACAGUCAUGAAAUGAAUCCACUUGUUCGUCGGAUUCUUCUCGAGUUUCUCCCGUGGCUUCUGUUCAUGUCUCGUCCCGGAUAUAAGUUUGUGAAGGCUAAUGUGAUCGAUAACACUGAUAAAAUGCCGAAGAAACCAAAAAAUCCACUGGACUGUAAUCUUCCAUCAAACCAUGCUGGAUACGAAGCACAAAUCCUUCUUCUCCAUUCGGUUCACACAGAAUUGAGAAAAGUUGUCGCUUUCUACAGUAAAGAAGAACAUGACGAGAGGAUUCAGACAGAUUGGAGAUUCGCUGCAAUGGUUGUGGACAGGGCGUGUCUUUUACUCUUCACUGUAUUCAUUGUUAUUUCUAUUUUAGCUAUCAUGAUGUCAGCACCACAUAUUAUUGCUUAA